AAAAUAAUGGGAGAGAUAUGCAAAUAAUAAGAAUUAAUCAUUUUUUCACCGCUGUGUUCAAAGCUUCUUCUCUUCUUCCUUACGUCCGAUCAAAAUUUGCCGGUGUUUACUGUUGCAAUCGCCGUCGUCAACGGUGGGUUUCGGUAGAUUGAUUUAUAGAAUUAGAGGGAUAAAAGAGAGGAGAUUUUUGAAUUUCUUUCUGAUGCAUAUCUGUGAAUAUUAAAGACGGUCAACGCAAAUUACUUGUGAAGAAUCGGAUGCUUUGUGUCGUGGUCAAGCUAUUUCGGAUUAAUCUGACAAAAAUCUGUCAGAUCUUUGUGUAAAGAUAGUAGCUUUCAGGGAGCUAAUAGUUCUGUUCGGUGCCCAAGAUUAGAGAUUUCGAAUGUUUUGACGGAUGAUUCAGCGAGACGUGUUUCAUCGAUUAGCAGAUGAUUGAUAUGGAAGAGUCUUCCCAGGGGAGUUUUGUUACAACCAUAAAUGAGGAUUAUGAAGCAAUUUGUUGGGGCUGUGGGCUAAACCUUGUUCUUCCAUCAUAUGCACCUGUUUUCAAGUGUGGAUGGUGUGGUGCAAUCACGAAUCAGAAUCCAGUCAGACCUGAAACCAAAAGCUUUGGGUUGAGACGUAUCCGUGACCGGUGUUUUGUCGUUAUUCUUGCAGUUUUUAUGCUCUUUGUGAUAUGUGGUGGGAUUUGGGCUGCGUAUCCCGUCUUGUUUUCGAUCAGCUUGGCUUGUGGAAUUUUCCAUUCUGUUACAACAGCGUGUCUGGCGAUAUCAACGCUUUCAACAUUUAUUCUUGUUGCUUUUAAAUGCGCCGGGAAGCCAACAAAUAUUCUUUAUGGAACCCACCCUGGAGUAGGGAAUGGCGGACUUAACAACUAUACAUUUUGUAACUACUGCUCCAAACCCAAGUCUCCUAGAACCCAUCACUGCCGCACGUGUGGCAUGUGUGUAUUGGACAUGGAUCACCAUUGCCCCUUUAUUGGGAACUGUGUUGGUGCGGGUAAUCAUAAACACUUCAUAGCAUUCCUUAUCUCAGCCGUCACUAGCACAAUCUAUGCUGCUGUUAUGUGUGUGUAUUCCUUGAUUCAUAUCUUGCCACCUAUGGAAAAUGGAGCUGCAUAUGCAUCCGAUGUGGCCCAUGUGGCUCAUGGUAAUAGUUUUUCGAUUCUGAGAGUGGUGAAGAAUAUAUUUCUUACUUACAUAGCCAACGCUGUCUUCAUCUCUGUUCGAAGCCUUGUUCUAGUCUAUCUCUUUGUGGCGAGUGUUUCUGUGGCGAUUGGGCUAAGUGUUUUGCUGUGGCAACAGCUUAGCUAUAUCUAUGAAGGCAAGACUUACUUAAGCCAUUUAAGUUCUCAAGGAACAGAAGAAGAUGGUGAAAAGAGCUGCCGGAAUCUUUUGACUUUUUUCGGGUGUCCACAUUCAAUUGAAAGGCACUUGCCAACCAUAAGGAACUUGAGGAAGAGACAUAAGACAUGAGAAGAAGAAGAAUAGAAUGUGAGCCAAAUAUGUUUUUUUCUGUUUCCUCCUACGUUUGGGAGCUUGUUGUGGUCAAUUCAGAAACAUUCAUCAUACUUGGAGCUAACAGGUAAUGCAGAUUAGCAAAGUUUGUACCUCAUUUGUGAAAAUUCAUGAUCAUAGAAUAUAGGAGCAACUGCUCCUGUAAAUUUUGUUUCAAGAUUGUAAAUUUGUUGUUUCCCUGACAUGCCUUUGAACUCAAGAAUAACAUUAUCAAAGGGGUUCCAUACAAA